AUGAAACUCACCGCAGGCUUCCCCACUCUUCAGCAGAGCUGUAUGGUAAACAGCCCUGGCUGCUCUGCCACAGAGCUGCAGUCAGAUAAGCAGGGUCAGGUUCAACCGUUACAUCGUGAGCCGGACGACGGGCCAUUCUUUACCCUGACACACUCGGAUACGCACCCAGGAGCUCCGCCAGACCAUCCGUCACCCAACACCAUCCGUCACCCUACACCACCCGUAACCCAACACCACCCGUCACCCCACACCAUCCACCAGACCAUCUACCACCCAACACCACCCGUCACCCAACACCAUCCGUCCCCCAACACCACCCGUCACCCAACACCACCCGUCACCCCACACCAUCCACCAGACCAUCCGUCACCCCACACCAUCCGCCAGACCAUCCGUCUCCCAACACCACCCGUCACCCAACACCACCCGUCAUCCCACACCAUCCACCAGACCAUCUACCACCCAACACCACCCGUCACGCCACACCAUACACCAGCAUAUUCGUCACCCCACACCAUCCACCAGACCAUCCGUCACCCUACACCAUCCAUCAGACCAUCCGUCACCCCACACCAUCCGCCAGACCAUCCGUCUCCCAACACCACCCGUCACCCAACACCACCCGUCAUCCCACACCAUCCACCAGACCAUCUACCACCAACAGCUACACACAGUGCUCAUCCAGGAGCUCCGCCAGACCAUCCGUCACCCAACACCAUCCGUCACCCUACACCACCCGUAACCCAACACCACCCGUCACCCCACACCAUCCACCAGACCAUCUACCACCCAACACCACCCGUCACCCAACACCAUCCGUCCCCCAACACCACCCGUCACCCAACACCACCCGUCACCCCACACCAUCCACCAGACCAUCCGUCACCCCACACCAUCCGCCAGACCAUCCGUCUCCCAACACCACCCGUCACACAACACCACCCGUCAUCCCACACCAUCCACCAGACCAUCUACCACCCAACACCACCCGUCACGCCACACCAUACACCAGCCUAUUCGUCACCCCACACCAUCCACCAGACCAUCCGUCACCCUACACCAUCCAUCAGACCAUCCGUCACCCCACACCAUCCGCCAGACCAUCCGUCUCCCAACACCACCCGUCACCCAACACCACCCGUCAUCCCACACCAUCCACCAGACCAUCUACCACCAACAGCUACACACAGUGCUGUUUAUCAGCCUACACUACGCUCAUUACAGCACUGCCAGUUGGAGGCCAUUCUCAACUCCUUCUUCUUCUACUUCCUCAACGCCGUCUAUCAGAGAGCAAAACACUCAGGACAAAGCCAGGACAAAGGCUCCUCGGCCAUCGCACUUCAGAAACAAGGUGGUGAGCGCUGCAUCUCCGCCAGGGCAAAGAAUCUCUUUCAAAAAUGCUUAAUUGGAAACCGUGCUUCCACCCACGACCUCAACGAUUUUUAA